GCGAAGGCACUUUACUCCUCGCAUGGUAGCUCAGCCUCGUGGAAUUUCAAGGUCCCUUGUGACUUUUCAGCGCCGAGAUGCACUGGUCGAUCCUGGAGACACAUAUCCAUUCUGCUGUAAAUGCUCCCAUUCUCUUCCGCUUGAUUUCGCAUCCCAUACCAUUAAAGCAUAAAGCACCUCUUGUUCUGAAGAAUACCCUUAGAAACAGGGAAUAAGCAAUGAGCUUUCCCCAGAUAGGUCUUGGGGAUGUCAUGACAGCUGUUACUACUGUCUGGACCAUCUACAAAAAUGUCAAAGAAGGACCCGCAAGUGCUUCGGCCGACUUCAACUCGUUUCGACAAGAAUUCAGAGCCAUAAAAGGAUUAUUGGAGCAGAUUCAAAAGACAAAACAGUCGACCGUCAAGAGCGAACGAGAAUUGGGGGUCUUCUACAACCAGACGAUUGACGAAUGCGCAGAAUUCGUACAUAAGCAUCGCCAAUUGAUGCAGGAUGAAAAGACCUCGAAGAGUCGGCGUAACAGCUUCGGCACCGAAGCAAUCAUCCUAUUCGAGAAGGUUACCUGGCCCUUAGAGCGUGACGAAGCGGAAAGACUCCGACGAAAGCUAGAGAGAUGUCUGAAAAUUGCGAUGUUAAAGUCGAGUCAGGAAACGCGAGAUGCGACGUUCGGCUUCAUAAAGGCAACGGAGAACAAUCAAUUGGAGAAUCUCGAGAUGCUGAAGUCCAUCAAAACCAUGACAUCACAGGUUUCUUUACUUUUAAGGCGAUGUAUGCUCGACAAGUCAAUGGAGACCAAUACCCUUGACGCUCAUCACCCUAAUCACCGUGGGAACAGAUUGAGGCGAGCUCUGCUGGAGUCAGAGCACAUGCUGAGUGCAAUACCCGAGAACGACAACGUGCUCAACCAAGUGGACAGUCAAAAGUAUCAAAAGGUCCUCGAUCGCAUCCGGGAGAUAUCUGAGAGACUAGGCAAUCUCACUCGCAGACUCGACACUUACAAUACCCAUGGUCUCGCCCCGCAGUCCCCAUCUGGUGGGCUUGCGCCUACGCUCGAUAGCGAUAGCGGCGAUACACUAGAUGUCGCAGCUAUAUCACGCUUUCUUCAUCAAGUGAGCGAUGAUGUGCGCGAUGCUUUGGGUAUGGUCGGAUAUGGGCACAAUCUUGUGCCCAAUCAUGAUCUCUAUCAAAAAGAUAAAGUCUCGGCGAAAACACGCCAGUCCAUCAACGAUACCGCCGAGGAAUGGGAACAGUUCCGACAAUGGCUCGACUUCCAACUCGUUCACGCCUUCAAUACGAACGCUCAUGAUUUGGAAUUCCACUCGCCAGGACUGUCUUACCUGUUUAGUCCGAAGAAGUCCCCUCCUCCGGAUGACCGCACAUCAAGAGCUAUAUCUCGACAGAGAUCCGCAGAGUCAGAUUUGACCAUCGGUUCUCCUCAAUCGGUGAUAUCAAUGCCGAUACCCGACAGAAAGAUCCCAUUGACAAGCCAUCCGGUGCAGCUAAAAUUCCUCGAUCCAAAUGUUCCAAAAUGCGUGCUACACCGUCCUCUCAUGUGCAAUGUCCUGGCUUGCUUCAACACACAAACAAACGAGCCCGAAGCGAUCGAAGCAAUUGAUGUCCAAGACGGAGUCAAGGUCACUCAAACAGUCAUCCGCGGAUCAUCCACAGUCAAGAGCUCCAUGCUCCCCUACGUUCCCGGCCGACGGGUCACUGCAACCCAGCUCGGCCUCUGGUUUCAAGGCUCGCACAAGACAAAGAUUGAAGACCUCCAUACAAUCACGCGAUACCCCCUUUUCCUAAUGUAUCAAUUCCAUGACUUGAGUGGUACAGUAAUUCAGUUUGAGCUAACAGCUGGUCGAGCACCUAGGCUGACGUUCACAGAUUUCGAGUCCUUUCAAGAGGUACUGCUCCGCCGAAGGGUCAUUUCCUGUAUCGACGCGAGGAGGAUAUCCAUCAACGCGACAGACUGCCACUCCAACUCGGCUGAAGCAAUCCGGAUACUUGAAGAUCCGAUCUCGAAAAGUCAAUCGCUGUUGUACUUCGCUUCCUUUCCGGGGACUCCCCGGCGAGCGAGGUUCAUGGAUAUACCCAUGAGCGAUCUUGGAGCACCUAUCGCCAAGUCGAAGCAGGUCAAAUUCGCAUUUCAGAGUAUCUCGCGGCGCGGUUCGAUGGACAGCGCGACCAGUGUCCUCUCGCACGAGUCUAAACAUUCGGCCUCCACGCUGGGACCCGGUCAACGCACC